AUGAGUUUCAGUGACUUCACAUGGAAACCACUUCAUACUGAAGAAGAAAAAGCCAAGCAAUGGGAGAGAUUGGCAAAAAUCACAGCUGAUGAUGAUGAAUUGACAAAGCAAGAUGAGGAAACUCUGAAAGCAGCACAAGAGCAGAGAAAGAAGAACCUAGCAAUGGAGCAUCAAUGUCAUCAUUGUGAGCGAAUCAAAGCCACUCAGCUGAAAGGGAAGAAAGCACAAAAGAAUGUCAACAAGGUUUUGCAGGCUGAGUCCCAAACAAGCAGUCUUUCGACAAUGGAUCUUGCAGAGCUUUCAAGGCCUGAUUCAAAUUGGAAAGAUCAGCAGACUGGGAAGAAUGGUGGAACAAAGCAGGAAUGA